GCGUCUCUGACGUACUGGAUCAUGUGUCGGUUACCGGAGAUUUCCCGAGCUCGACUUUUUCCUGCGUCCUCGUCUUCGCUCCGGUGUGGAUUCUUCGACGCGCUCUCAGGAGGUGAGCUCUUGCGUUUUAACUCGCUUUUAGUGCGACUGAGAAAAGUUUGCGACGGAAAAGCAGCGCCGUUAGCCGGUUAGCCGCGCUCUCCUCGGGCCUGGACACGAGCGAACGGACGCGCGCGCGAGCAGCUCCCGGUGACUCCGGAGGAGAGACUCGGCGGUUCGGGGCUUCGCUGUCGGAUCGAUCCUGAUGAUCUUCAUCAUCUUCAUCAUCUUCAUCAGGAUUCAUGUUGAUGAGUCUUGAUUUCCUCUGGACUCUGACUCUGAGAUGAUGCUGAGAUGCUGGAUGGAGACUGGACUCCUCAAACCCUCGGUGAGCUCUGUGUGACGAGCCUCCAUGACACCCUGUUUCACAGCUGAAGCUCUCUGUCUGAGGGAGCGUCUCCUUCCACCUGUCCAGAUACUGGGUUUUCAUUCUGAUCCCCCUGUUCUCCACUAAACUCCCUUACCAGACCAUCCCCUGCCCACCAUCACCAUACUCACCAUGUCAAGCCGAAGGAAGUCGUUCAACCCCUCUGUGCUCCAUGCAACUAGUUUUCCUGCAGAAGACUCUUUGAAAAUGGAUGUUUCAGUGGAGACUGUGUUGGACAGAUAUUCACCUGUGCCACUAACAACAAACGAAAACUGGCUGUCACUGAACAAUAAAGAAGAGGAUCAGUCAGAGCGGGGUUCUGCAUCGGAGCAGGGUUUGAAUAGAAGAGAUCAUGAGGAGAUCUCUCAGUCCAAAUGUCCAGUCAGUGCACUCUACCUUUGUACAAUCUGUAAUUUCAGUACCAACAAGUUUGACUCCCUCUCAUGCCAUAAUAAAGUGCUACACCCAAGUGAGAGCCGUUUUAAGGUCAGGCAAAUCAAACUGGAUAGCCAAAGCAUGUUGGAGCCAACCAUUGAGAGCAAGAAUGAUGGAUCCAUUCAAGAAGCUAUGGACACUAUAAAUGACUUGGGACCAUUUGUAGACUCCAGCAACUCAGCAGGAGAAGACACUGGAAAGACACCAAUGGAAAACAGCAUAAUUUUGGAUAAAGGCCUAGAUGUGGAGAAGGAGCUGGACAGUCCAUUGUUGAAGGAUGAGAUCAGAGCAGUGAGUGUAAAUGGUACCAUCAUUAUUCCGGAACCUAUGUGGCAUGUAAUGCCUCUGCUACAGCGACCUCCCAAUCUUAGCACCUCUCCAGCAAUUGCAGUUCCUAUUCACACCACCAAGUACAACCCCACAUUGGACAGCGAUGUUACCCUGAUCACAUCUUUUAACAGAUUCCCAUAUCCGACCCAUGCAGAGCUCUCCUGGCUCACUGCUGCCUCCAAACACCCUGAGGAGCAGAUCAAGGUAUGGUUCACCACCCAGCGUCUGAAGCAAGGCAUCACCUGGUCCCCUGAAGAAGUAGAAGAAGCCCGUAAGAAGAUGUUCAAUGGCAGUAUACCACCCACACACCAGACCUGUGAAGUUUUGCCUGCACAUUUUUGUGAAACACACAACCCUGGGCAGGCACAAUCAGCUACUUGUCAUGGAUUUGGGCAGACCAGCCUUGCAUUAAACAUCACCGCUGACAGAUCAUCCACUACUUGUAUUGCUACAGCAGUCCGUCAGGCACAGACCCUUAAGCGGCCUCUAGGAUCUUCUUUCUUGGCUUCAGUGGUCAAACGUCCAACUGGGGACCCCAAAGAGAGUCUGCGCAUGCCCCCUCCACCAGCUCCACCACCAGAAAGACUCGCUAUUGUUUCUUCUCCUGGGCUUACAGAGACUAAAACACCUAGCCCUGGUUCUUUGGUGGCCUCAGACAUGAAGAGACGUGUUCCUGUACAAUUUGUCCCAUCUGAAGAGGAACCCCCAAUAGUUCAAUCCAAAGAGAAGAAACUUGUGUCACUUUCUUCAGUAUUGCCCAAAGAAAGACUCCCUUUGUCACCCAUAGUUUCCACCAAUCUCAAAAGACCUGUAAUUGCUCAGCAAUCAAGCAAUAAUACUUCAGCCUCCUCGUUCGUUGCUAAAAACAAGUUUGGUAAUGGUGUAACCAUGCCCUUAGCACCAGCUGUGGCAACCCCACAAAUGAGUAGACCAACGAUCAUUCAGACAAUGUCGGCUGUGCCUCUGUCCCCAUCUUCGACUCCAGUCCUUCCGUGUAAGUCUAAGCUGUCUGUUGCUCCAGUGUCCUCAUGCUUCAAUAUUCCGAAUGGAAAAGAAUCUACAAAUUCCCAGAAUGAUUCCCAGAAGUCACAUGUUGAAUUUGCUCUGAGGGAGCAUGGUGUUCCCACUCAGUUUCCUCUACUAGAGAGAGUGAAGGACAAGAGUCCUGGACAAGUGAAGCUUCUAGAGGAGAGUUUUCAAAGGAACAGUUUCCCGUCCUAUAAUGAGGUCGAGAACCUCGUGAUCACCACUAGAAUGUCCAGAGAGGAUAUCGAAAGCUGGUUUUUGGAGCGCAGAGCUCUUCGAGAUGAUUUGGAACAUGCCCUGCUGAACUCCAUGGGCUCUAAAAGGGAGUCCCAGCAGACUCUCCUCAAUGGAUCUCAGAGACAUUCAGGCACCCUUACCUUCAGCCCUGUGCCUCAAGUCAGCAAGACCGUGAACCUUCUCAAAAAUGUUUGUGUACAGUACCAAUGGCCUUCGCCUGUAGAGUUCAGGCAUCUGGAGAUGCAGGCGCGGUUAGCUCGCACAGAACUUGUCCGCUGGUUCAGAGACAGUCGGCUAGCUCAGCAGAGCCGCAUCCUAGACUGGAAGGAGAUGUUUGGAGAGCAGAACAGCUGCCAGGCUGCAGACGCAACAAAACAACAACUAAGAGAAGAGGACACCAAACCCAGCAGCCCAGAAUUCGAUAACUGGUUCAGUAACUUGCUCGGUCAGCACAUGGGGAGCAAUGGGGAACCGAUUGGUGAGGGCAGGGAGGACCAUGGAGAAAACGCAUGUGAGCUGCUCUCAGAUGCAGAUUAGAAGAUGGAAGGUGAGAACAUUGUCCUUCAUCGAAGCGCUUUAGGAACCACUGAUGUCACUUCUGCUCUGGUUCUCCAUUCGCUCGGACACAGGACUGGAGAACUGUGGGAUGGUGUGUGUGUGUUGUGUGUAUGUUUUAGAUGCAGAACGCACUGAAAACUUCUGUACGCUAGAGUCACUGCGCAUCCAUACGUGCAAACGUACCUUUACUGCAUAUUGUCUGCAGAUCUGUACAUUUUUAUUACAUAUUUUGAUACAUUUUAUAAUGGGAACAAGUUUUGGCUGUUUUUUAGUGGACAUUUCUUUACUGUCGGUGGAAGGAGAUGCCAGAAACCACGAGGUGCUGAAAUAUUCUCUGGACACAUGACAUGCAACAGCCCAAAAUAUGAUUCUUCUACUACAGACUGGACACUUUAAUGGGGAUUCACUCUUCUGCUGGUGAACACACACGUCAGCGCUGAUGUUUAAACUGGUUUGUUUGCAAUCUUGAGUCAUCUUGGACUCAAACGCUUCCCUCGUAGUUAACUCUUUCUCUGCUGUAGUGUCUCUGCAUCAAUGCUAACGCUCUUUUCACACAAAGACCGCCGCUGGAAUCUAAUAAAACGCAGCCAGAUGUAUGGUGUUUGUUUGAGAGGUCACUGCUGUACGAUUGUCCAUAUGAAGCUUCUUUGCCUUCGCUUUGUUCCAUAGAUUAAUUUUGGUCUGCAGCUCUGAAAGCUAAAAUAGCAGCUCAUGAUGAAUCUGAGCGUCUCAAGGCCAAAAACACCAAACACACACGCAGAUGUUUGAGAUGUUUCUGUCUGAUGUGUCUGUAUUGAAAACAAACUCUAAAUUCAUAACUCUGAUGUGGCAUAAAACUUCCCCGCGUUUAGAAAUGUGAGUUUAAUCCGUCCUGCUGAUUGUUUUUGCUCUCAGGCAGAUUUGGGUGGCGACGGAAC